GACGCACUUGUCCUAUUGACGGCGAAGACGGCAUUGUAUUGCGAACGACGAUAAGCUCAUAGAUACCGCUAUCUGUUUUGAUGUCGAGUUUGUCAACGGGACCUGAGGUAAGCGUGCCUCAUGAUACACACAAAUGGGAACCGGCGUUUACAGAGCUACCACAGGUUUCCAACCGUUAUUGAAGGGUUGGCGAGAAGUUCAAGCUCUGAGCGACAUAGCUCGCUUGGAGGUUCCCGUAAAUUGGCAAACAGGGGAUUACUAAAGGACUCAAAUAACUCCGGGCGAAACCUUCGAGUGAAAUUCAUACUACCGCACGAUGAGACACAAGAAGCGAAAGAAAUCGAGGUGUUCCCCGACGAACGGAGGACAUCACUCCCAGCGAUUUGUGAGUUCAUGAUAUUCGCUAAUAACAAGAAAAACGAAGAACAUAAAAAGACUUUAAUCAGUGUGCCAAGGACGGCACCUAAGACUCAAAGAACUAAGACAACAAGACCUGGAGAGCAACUUUUUGCUCUGAAGUCCACGGUGGUCAAGUUACCUCCGGCGGAGCCGAAAUGCACGACAAAGAAUCUUAAAAUCGAGACGAAAUUUAAACUGCCGAGUGAGUAUGAGGAGCCUACGUUUAUGGACAAAAAUAAGCGAAUCUUCGCUUGGUUGAGCGAAGCAGAUAACGCACUGCCGGCUUACAGACGGCGCAUGAAUAUAAUAAGGCGUGCAACAGUUACAGAUCUUUCUGAACUGGUUUCCCUUGGCGCUGACGAUGGGAAACGCGGACGACUUGCACGAGCCGACACAUUUGCUACGACGGAUCUUCUUCGGGAUGCACAGUGGGUUGUCCCUGAUUUGAACCUUCUGUUUGAAGUUCCUGUAGCGGCAUUUUGCCGAUGAGAACCGCAGGCUUGCUUGUGCGUUGAGAAAGGGUUGAAAAAGGACCACGGAUAAUAUUAUCAGCACUACGAGUGUACCAAGCUUCAUCAUAGAAAUCUGAAACAAAUAUUUACGUAAGACAAGUGCGACCACCACCCCCCACCCCCACCCCCUUAGUUGUUCACACGUAGCUAGUUCAAUUAAUCGUGACGCGCGCUACCAUAUAUGACCCCCAAAACAACCUUUUGAGCAGUACAUCCCACUAGGAUGCGAGCAUCGCAGUUUUGAUUGCAACGGACGUCAUGCGGUUUGCCUGGUCUAUUCUGUUGCGCAGUGAAGCAUUUCUUUUUGUCGCGGUGAUCGGAUUGGCCAAUCCGAUUUCGCAUACGGUUCUCUACUCGCAUCUUAUUACUUUCUAACUACCAAGGAGCUCGCCCGGCCCGUAGUUUCCGUGCGGCCCGCGCACUUGGCCUAUAAGAGCUUUAUAUACCUGAUGAAUUUAGCAAUAGAACUUUGAGUUAGAAUUUAGAGUGAGAGCUGUUUAUCUAAGAAAGGAGUGGGGAGGGAAGUUAUUGCUUUUGUUGUUUACUGAAAAUUAAACUAAAAAACUCGCAACAAUAAGUAUGUUAUACAUUAUCAGCCAAGCUGAAAAAAGUAUUAAACAUUGUUUUGUUGUUUUUUAUCUGCUAAAAAAGAAGUAAACAAGUAGUCAGUCGUAAGUGAUAAGUAAUUCGUUUUAGCCAAAGACAGGUUAUUCUUAAUUAAUACUAGGUGCUAGGUGCAAAGAGUAGAAAUUUCUACUCUUUGCACCUAGCAAAAGGACCUUUUUUUAAAUAAGCCGUCUUUUCGCAUGAGCAAAUUCUGAAAUAUUUAAAAAUACAAGUUAUGGUGUCCUCAAAGCUUAUUAUAAAGAAACUGCGUUUCGGAAUAGAUCAACGGAGACCGUAUGCUGUCUUUAAUGAUAAUAGUAUUCCGAGUUCGGGUCAAUAGUACAGAAAAAAAAUAAUUGAAUUGUGUAAUCAGGAAGCAAUGGAACACCUUACGAUUCGAUCUACGCAACUCGAGUGUAAUGAAUUCUUUCCACGUCUAAAAACUAACUGGUGAAGAAAACAGCAAAAUUAGGAGGUAAAAUGCUACGUGAUCUAAAAUAGAGCCUACUCUAAUUAUGGUAAUAUUGCCGGCGCUAACAUUACUUAAUAGACUCUAUUGGAACGCAAUAAAGAAAACGUAUUUUUUGUGUGCUUAGAGAGGAGUAGUUGUACAAAUAUACACUUUAGAAAUUAGUUGUAUUUGCUUGUUGAGAUAACAUCAGUAAACGUGACUCUCUAGAUAAACAAAACCUUCAUGCUA